AUGCGCUCACCAAUAAUAACUCUCCUGCUCCUGCUCGCAGUUGCAAACGCAAUCCCAACUGUAGAUACCACUCAGGACGAGACUGAGUCCGUCUCCACAACGCCACUGCUCAACAGCAUCCCCGCCACCGAAGACACCAACCCCCACUACCUCAUCAAGCGUAAAGGCGGAGGAGGUGGUGGAGGUGGAGGUGGAGGUGGAGGAGGAGGAGGCGGAGGAGGAAGCGGCCGAGGCGGCGGCAGCAGCAGCAGUGGCAGCGGUAGUCGCAGCGGCGGCAGCAGCGGCACCGGCGCCGGCGGGUCCCGCAGCACCGCUGGCGGCCGCACAACCACCGGCUCCGGCACCCCCCGCUCCGUCGGCGGCUUCUACGGCGGCGGCGCCAGUGUCCCUUUCACCAGCGGGCGCGCCUCGCCCAGCGGCCUGCUCCCCACGUUCCUCACGCUCUCGGCCAUCUCCCUGUUCUUCAGCGGCGCCUGGCUGUACGGCGGCGUGUACAGCUACCGCUACGACAACCCCGUGCAGUACGAGAACGCCACGAGCAGCAGCAAUGUCACGCUGCCCGUAGUGUGCCUGUGCCAGGAGUACGCCGUGUGUGGGUGCGACGAGAACCAUGAUCGCGCGUAUGUGGAUGCGAUGGUGGGGAAUGCGACGGAGGGGGGUGCGGUGAGUCGGUUGGAGGUGGUGAAUGGGACGAGGACGUUGGUGCUGAAUGGGACGUUGGAGAAUGGGACGACGGCGGAUGGGGGGACGGAGGUGGUUUCAGGUGGGGCGGCGAGGGCGAGGGAGGGGGCGGGGAUGCUCAUGUUGGUGGUUGUGGUGGGGGUGGGGGUGGUGUUGUUGUAG